AUGUCGGCACCAACGCCUGACCUCGUCUUGCUCUCUUUAGCAAAGAUCUCCUUCUUCGACGAGCAGUUUGAGCCCGUUCUCAACGUACUCAAAUCCAAAGCAAAUGUACGAGAAAUUACGGAUCCAGCAGAGGCAGACGCACUCUUCUUGGGUGCCUCACGACCAGUCGUCUUCACCACCGACGCCGCAAUCACCAAACCCAAGUACUCCGGUCAAAAGGCCGCGGCAGUAGCGUUUGUCCGUAACGGCGGCACUAUCGUCUUUGGAGGCCAUUUCGCCAGUUUCGCAAGCCCACCCAACAUGAACGCGUUCUUCGCCGCGUUCUCGCUGCCCUGGAAGUCCGGAGACUACCAUCGAACGGAGGUUUACCUCAACGGAAGCAUGCAGCAGCUCAAUCACACAGGUCUGACUCCACGCUUCAGCCAGAAGGCUUUGAAUUUGGCGAACGUUUCGGGGAACGAUGCUCUGUACUUGCCUUCGGCUUCCUCGCGGAUUCAGUCCAUGGUKUUCGCUCCCGAGCUGAUCGAAGACCUGACCCAGACCCCUGCAGCGUUCGGAAGUUGUGGGGAGGGAAAGGUGGGGUACAUUGGGGAUGUCAAUUGGGAGGAUGAGACUACGGGGGUCUUGAUGGCGAUGUGUGGGCUAAACGAGUGA